AUGCGAUUUUUGAUUUUGUUUUCUACAUUUCUAUUAGCCAAAUCAGCACCACACAGUUUAGAAGAGGACGAGUUACCGUUCAGCACAGAUAAUUUUCCUACGUUACUGGACGAAGCGAAUUCAAGUUCGGGAGAAGAAAAAGAUGAGUUGGCGAUUAAAUAUUCCGAUCAAGCAGAUACUCUGAAAAAGCGUCUCAAGAUGAAAAGUAUGUUUAACACCAACGGACCACCUGCUAUCGGAACAGAUUUGUUUUCCAGUUCAGCAGUAGAUGAGAACAUCAAAAAAGUCGCCUAUGAAGGAUCUGGUGAAGCCGUGGAGGAACACGAGGAAUCUCAGGAUUCUACAACUAUCGAUUAUUUCAACAUUGCCAAAAACGAUUCGGCUGUGGAAGACGCCGUUGUUGAGUCAUCAUCCAAUUCAAGCACGUUAUACGACCAGAACACAAGUGACGCUCAAGUGGAAACGGUAUCCAACACUCUGUAUCAGAAAACAGAAGCCGAAGUCAAUGCCAUUCUACAUACGAGUGAGACAACAAAGUAUGAUGGACAGAAGGAGAAGGAAGAUUCAGCAGUGGAGAGUGCCACGUCAGCGAAAACCAAAAAAGACGAGGAAGAAGAUGAUCGGGACUAUUCUGGAAAUGCUACCGAGUCAAUAUCAGAAACCUGUGCGCCCCCAAGAGGAUGUGGUAAAAAUUGUUUUGUUACCAUAAAUGCCAAAGGAUGCCAAGACUGUCAAUGUCUUUGGAUUGCUCAAGACUGCGAAACUGACCAAGAUUGCUCUGAAAAAAAUCAAUAUUGUGAUUUGGGAAAAUGCAAUUGCCAGCCCGGAUAUCAGCAAAACAUGAGAAAAUCUGGAAUUUGUGAAGUUGAGUCAGGAGCCCAAAAAGGUCCAAUGCCGCCCGCAGAAAACACAAUCGAGGAUAGUGUAAUAGAAAAUGAAAUCUCAAAAUCCAAAAAGCUGAAACGUAAGAAACGAUCAUCAAAACCACGACUAUCGGAGCGUCUUGAAUGGCCAGGUGUUUGUGAUAAGAACGAGCAGUGCCCAGACAACCUAGUGUGUAUUCAUGGCGAUUGUUGGAAUGUACCCGAGAAAUUGCGGCGAUCAGAUGUUCCACCAAAACUUGAGAACAUGAUAAUUUCGAGAAAUACAGAUGAGGAAGAGGAAGAAGAGAAACGUGUGUCAUUUGAUACUGAUCAGAUUAUGGAACCAACCACGACCCAGAAAGUUAAUGUGAUGCCAACAAUGCCUACUGUUAUUACAAGCCCCGGAGUGGAGCUAACGAAAAGUCCUUAUUCCAGAGGCAUGGCCCGCUUUGUCUCUGAAGAUUUUGCCAAACAACUUCAACGAACCACGGCGAAGGUCAAAAAGCAUGAUUGGUUUCCACCGACGACUACUUCAACAGCACUACCCACUACUCAAUUUUCAAUGACCAUCAAAAGUAACCCGUUUUAUUUGUUUUUUCCAUAUUUAGUGUUUUUAGCUAUGCCUCAAACACCACCGCUCACUGUCGACCAGUUUUUCAUGAUUGAAACUACAGUAUCUCCGCAACCUACAACUACUAGAAGAAUAGAGAAUGAUCAUAAAAUGGAAUAUAUGAAGGAGAGAAAACCAAACUUUCUUGGAGUUAAAGAAGAAGUGCAGGAACUAGAGUAUCCUGUGCCAUCACUGUCUCACAUCAAGAAAAUUCAUCUGGAGAUGCCCCCACCAACUCUUCUCCCACACCGUCGGAAACCAAAAAAGCAGAAAACCACAACACCCACUCCAGAUGACGCGUCAGAAGUGGAAGAGAUGAACGGUGUCGACGAGAUUGAAUUCCCGAUUUCAUCAAAAAUCAAGAACGGUUUCAAGAAGCCACGCGCGUUGAGCGCCGAACCAACACGCGAGGAAUUGAAAGACCACAAGAGUUUAGUUGAUUUAUUCAAUUCACACGCGGCUCGGAUUUCCGAAAAGGAAGAUGUGAAGCCAAGUUUUCAAAUUCUACAAAGUUUCUCAAAUUUAAAUCCAAGUCCGGAUUCAAAAUCAGUACCAGAAAUUCAAGUGUCUCUCGCUUCAGAAGCCUUGGUGAUUCAACAGGGAAAAAUUUACAAUACCGCACCACUGAGCAACAUCAGUGAGGAUAUGGCAUCAGAUGAUCCUCCGGAAGUGACACCAGAACCUGCACCAUUCCAGGACCAUAGGAUGGGAGUAUGGUACCCGAUGAAAAAGGGAGAUGUUCCACAUUUGGGGAUUUUCAGUGGGGAAUUCAGAAGAGCCCCUUUGAAUGGAGUGAACGGAAUUCGGACAUCCGACGAGAUACGGUUGUACCACGAGUACACCAAGGCAAACCGACAAAACCGACCUGUAAGGAUAGAGAUGGAUAAUGCAUCAGACCAUGUAAAAAGUGAAUGCCGUGACGACUCAAACUGUGGUAACCAUACUGUAUGCUGCACCAAACGUUGGUGUGAUCGUUCUAACAACUGCGGACUUGGCAGAUUCUGUCUAACAAGCUGCGCAUCUACCAAACUCACAUUCUUGCCUUCUUCCAGUAAUGCUGAAAGCGUAAUUGAUAUAAUGUAUGAUUAG